AAACACCAUUAAUUCUGAAUCAUCUCUUUUGUUGCAUAAAAAAAAAAAAAAAAAAACAACCUGUGAGGAGCCACGUGGAGGUGCGCAGACAGCUGUGUUUGUUAGGAAGGCAGAGGAGCUGGCUCGGCUCCGGAGGGGAGGAGAUGUGGCCCUGCAACACUCUCUGAGGGGUAUAUAAUGAACCCCCGGCUGCAGCCACGGAAGCUGCGCUCUGAUCCCAGCCCAGCCUGCAUCUGCUGCUGGUGUUCCCACUGUACUACCUGAAACCUUCUCGGCUCCAGCUGCCUGGCCAUGGCUACCACGUUUCUGCAAACCUCUUCCUCCACCUUUGGGGGAGGCUCUACCCGAGGGGGCUCUCUCCGGGCUGGAGGUGGUGGCUUUGGUGGGGGGAGUCUCUAUGGGGGAGGUGGGAGUCGCAGUAUCUCUGCUUCCUCUGCUAGGUUUGUCUCCUCGGGUUCAGGAGGGGGCUAUGGUGGUGGCAUGAGCUGUGGCUUUGGUGGAGGAGGGGCCGGAGGUGGUUUUGGUGGGGGAUUUGGAGGUAGCUUUGGUGAUUUUGGUAGUAGUGAUGGUGGCCUCCUCUCUGGCAAUGAGAAGAUCACUAUGCAGAAUCUCAAUGAUCGCCUGGCCUCCUACCUGGACAAGGUGCGUGCCCUGGAGGAGGCCAACACCGACCUGGAGGUGAAGAUCCGUGACUGGUACCAGAAGCAGAGCCCGAGCAGCCCAGAGCGUGACUAUAGCCCCUACUACAAGACCAUUGAGGAGCUGCGGGACAAGAUCCUGGCGGCCACCAUCGACAACUCCCGGGUCAUCCUGGAGAUUGACAACGCCAGGCUGGCAGCUGACGACUUCAGGCUCAAGUAUGAGAAUGAGCUGGCCCUACGCCAGAGCGUGGAGGCCGACAUCAAUGGAUUGCGCAGGGUGCUGGAUGAGCUGACCUUGGCCAGGACCGACCUGGAGAUGCAGAUUGAAGGCCUGAAUGAGGAGCUGGCCUACCUGAAGAAGAACCAUGAGGAGGAGAUGAAGGAGUUUGGCAGCCAGCUGGCUGGUCAGGUGAAUGUGGAGAUGGACGCGGCCCCCGGCGUGGACCUGAGCCGCAUGCUGGCAGAGAUGCGGGAGCAGUAUGAAGCCAUGGCAGAGAAGAACCGGCGGGAUGCUGAGGCCUGGUUCUUCACCAAGACAGAGGAGCUGAACAAAGAGGUGGCUUCCAACACGGAGAUGAUUCAGAGCAGCAAGACAGAGAUCACCGACCUGAGACGCACCAUGCAGGGGCUGGAGAUUGAGCUACAGUCCCAGCUCAGCAUGAAAGCCGGGCUGGAGAACUCACUGGCGGAGGUUGAGUGCCGUUACGCCACGCAGCUGCAGCAGAUCCAGGGGCUCAUCAGCAGUCUGGAGGCGCAGCUGAGCGAGCUGCGCUGCGAGAUGGAGCAGCAGAACCAGGAGUACAACAGGCUGCUGGACAUCAAGUCGCGGCUGGAGCAGGAGAUCGCCACCUACCGCAGCCUGCUCGAGGGCCAGGAUGCCAAGAUGGCUAAUGUGGGCAUCCGAGAAGUCUCCCUGGGCGGUGGUGGCAGUGGCGGUGGCGGCAGCAGCAGCAGCAGCGGUUUCCGUGUUCAUAUUGAGGAGUCUGUGGAUGGGAAGGUGGUUUCUUCCCGCAAGAGAGAAAUCUGAGUGCUCAGGCUGUGUGGAGUCCAGGCUGCGUGGAGUCCAGUCCUGCCCCCAAGAGCCCUCCCAGCUUGAAGUUUUGCAACGCCUCCCCCAUCUGGGUUCUACCCUUUAGGGCCAGAACCUGCAGGAAGCAACUGUCCUGGGUCAACAAGCUGCUUUGCGCGGUGUCUUCUCCUACAAUAAAGAAUCGCUG